ACAUUUUAUUGAAACACUGACCAGCAAAUGAAUCUGCUGCACUUUUGCUAUUCUAAACAUAUAAAUUAGACAUUAUGCUGAAAUUAAAGUGAUGUAUCAUGUAUAUUUUAUUUACUGACAAGACUCACAGCUGAAAUCAACCACUAACAUCAGGUAAGUCAAGUAUUUAAAAUCGUAAAAGAAAUUCAAUGCAUCAUUUUCCAUUGAAGACAUGAUUGUAAACCAUGACACAAUAUUCAUUUUUAUGACCUAAUCCAUCAAAAUAAUUACAAUAAUUGCAACAGUGUUAAACAAAGUAGGUUUUUUAUAUAUAAAAACCUGAAUCGUAGCUUCAUUCUAGAAACACAAACUAUGUGUGCCUUUUGCUUAGCACAACAUAAAUAAAUGCUUUGCCUUCCAAAAGCAACUGACCCAGGCUGUUCUCUGGCAACCAGAAACGUGUGAGCUGAGUGCUGAUAGCCCUCCAUAGGCGCUUUCAGUUUCAGCGCCCCAGUUUUUUCCAUUACCAGAGACCUUCAUACAUCAGUUUGAUUCACAUCAAGGCAAAGAGAGAAUCAGCAAGGAUAUCCAGCAUUUCUCCUCUUCGAUGAGCUGAACUGUGAGCACAGGCCAUUUCAGGACUCGAGUUACAGAGAACAUGAUGGAAAAACACACAGGCUUCAACAGAUUCGUCUUGUCUUGUGUUUGAAAGCUUGAAUAUAAGAUUUGGAAAUCCAAAGCUUGGCAGGGUGUUCAACAAACUACUGGAGCAUCGACAGGAUUGGCUGAAGUUACACAAAGUUUUCUAAAAGAUGGGCUUGAAGUGGAUACAUCUUGCUCCACUGACUUGUCUGCUCUUCAUGAUCUGCUGUAGUCAUGGUGGAAAUGUCCUUGUGUUCCCCGAGGACGGAAGCCACUGGGUAAACAUGCAGGUCAUUCUUAGAAAGCUCCACACGAACGGGCAUAGCAUUACCGUUGUGCGAUCAUCCAAAAGUUGGUACAUCCAAGAGAGUUCUCCUAUCUACAGCACCAUCACCGUCAACCCCACGGAAACAGAAGAUGUUGGAGCUGAUUUCUUCAAGAUACUAUUAGAGAGGUCACUAGAUUUACAGAGGAUGUCACCCAUCGUUCGUUUUUUUGAACAGCAGAAAGAUAUAACCAACACUUUAAAGAUAUUUCACAAGGGAGCGCUUCAAAUGAUUUCUGCUAUAUUGGAUGAUACAUCACUUGUUAAGCAUUUGCGCGAUGCUAACUUUGACCUGCUGCUAACAGACCCUGCUUUCCCUGCUGGAGUCCUGUUAGCCAAGUUUCUCGCCCUUCCCAUGAUUUAUAAUGUGCGCUGGCUAAAUGCAGGGGAUGCUCACAUGGCAAUUGCUCCAUCACCCCCAUCCUUCGUUCCGAUGUAUAACUCGUUGUUCAGUGACCGAAUGAACUUCCUGCAAAGAACGGAAAACUUCCUGAGGUAUCUGGUCAGCCUUCUUCAGGAGCACUGCAUCAUUGUGCCCAUUUACAGUGACAUGCUUGACCGUCACUUCCCACCAGGCUCAGAUCUUCUCAAAAUGCAGCAGUCGGCUGACAUUUGGCUUAUGAGAGUGGACUUUGUUUUUGAGUUUCCACGGCCCACCAUGCCUAACGUUGUCUACAUCGGCGGAUUUCAAUGUCGGCCGGCGCAACCACUUCCUGUGGAGCUUGAAGACUUCAUGCAGAGCUCCGGAGAGCACGGAGUGGUGAUGAUGUCACUGGGAGCUGCGGUUGGUGCACUUCCUACAGAGAUCAAUGAAGUCAUUGCUACUGCCUUCGCUAAGAUCCCUCAGAAAGUCGUGUGGAGGUACCACGGAGAUCCGCCUUCGUCUCUGGGAAACAACACUCUUCUUCUAGAAUGGUUUCCACAGAAUGAUCUCCUUGGUCAUCCGAAGACCCGCAUGUUUGUAUCUCACGGGGGUACUAACGGUAUCUAUGAGGCUAUUUACCAUGGAGUCCCUGUCUUAGCUUUACCACUCCUCUUUGACCAGUUUGACAAUGUUAUGCGACUCCAGGUUCGAGGUGUAGCCCGCGUGCUUCAAGCUGCAACGCUGACAGAACAAGAAUUCCUCAAAGCCCUCCAAGAUGUUCUUGAGGACCCAGUGUACAGAAAUAGCAUGCAGAAACUGUCAGAGCUGCAUCGUGAUCUGCCCUUGUCUCCUCUCGAUACUGCCACUUUUUGGAUCGAGUAUGUAAUGAGACACAAAGGAGCAGCACAUCUUCGCUCACAGGGUGUUAACAUGCCCUGGUACUCUUACCACAGCCUUGAUGUUGUAGCAGUUUUACUGUCAUUCCCAUUGAUAGGUCUUUGGGCCUCAAUUUAUGUAUGCAAGCUUUUGUGUUGCAGCAAGUCUGUCAGAAAGAGGAAGGUGGACUGAAAUAAGCUGCAUUUUGUUACAAACUUAUUUACAUUCAGUGUAAACAUACGGCAUAUGCUAAGUGCAUUCUGCCCUUUAUAUUUUCCUGUAGCUUAAGGGGUAGAGCAUGGCGUUUGCAAUGCCAAGGUCAUUGUGAUGCUGUUCUAAUAUAUAUAUAUAUAUAUAGUAGUAUUACAUUCUUCAUAUCUCCGAAGAGUCUUUAGUUUUAUCAGAUUUAUAAAAGACAGUAGCUUUACCGAUUAUUUUCAAUAACGUACGAAAAAAAUCAGAAAGAGGAAGUCUUAGGGCCAAUCUCAUUUCUCUGUCUUACGCCUUCCCCUUUGUCUUCGUCUUCCCCUUGCCCCUCGAAACCAAGUGUUCUCCUCAUAAACAAAGAAGAUGCCGUCGCCUCAGGUUGUGGUAUCGAUUGCCUGAGCUGAGCUCAACAAAUAGCGCAUAUCUUAGCUGCUAGCUAGCGCUUUAACUAGCGAUUCAAAAACACAAUUAAAACCUCAUGAACAUUUUAUUAAAAGUAUCAUAAAACAUGAGUGUCAUAAUAUAAUUUUAAUUAAACUGCUGAAAAUAACGUUACUUUCAUUUGUGCGACUCCUUGACAGUUCGACUCUUGAUGUCGGCUCUCCUGAGAAAUUCCUACGUUAACGUUUACCCCUCUCUUUCAAGUGUGGUCCUUAUCACACUUCGUUUCAAGGGCUAUGUAUCCCUACGCCUUGGCCCUAGCCCUUGAUCAAACUGAGAAUUGAGACGCCACUUCGCCUCACAUGAAUGCGCAAAACCGAGGGGUAGGGGUAACCCAGCUAACACACGACGUACUAGUUACGUAAUUUAUUGGUCAUUUUUGGUAAUUUCAUGACUUACCAGCUGGCAACGUAACUGUUACGUCCUAGGGAGGUAAUUUCAUUACCAUUACAGUACCAAAUCACUACGUUGCCAGUACGGUCUCCUAACGUCGCGAGAUAACCAAGUACGUUCCAGUUACGUAAUACAUUCAUACUAUUUUGGUGAUUUCAUAACUUACAGGCAACGUAACUGUUACG